UUGUGGUACAUAAAAUAACUGAAAAAGCCAAAAUGUCAGAUGCAAAAUAUAAUCUGUGGAAAUAAAAAAAAUAAAUAAAUAAAAGUUUUAAAAUGGUUACUAAAUUCCUUAGUCUUUCUUACGGGGUCAGAGGUGUCUACAUAUGAAAAAAAAUACAUAUAUGCAGGAAAAAAUACAUAUAUUUAUGUAAAUGUUUUGCUAUUUUGUCUAAAUGUCAUUUUUAUUAAUGGCAAUUUUCGGCCAAAAAUAUGAUUUUUAAAAAGUUGAACACUGCUUUGACCAGCUAAAAACCCGCAACUCCUUUAACAGCCUUGUUCAAAUUUAUAGUCCUGGUAUUUGAUCUCGUUGAUGUACAAACCCAAUAAAACGUCUAAAAAGCAGUAUUGUUACUGUUCAGAUUAUUCAAGAUCAGUAGCGAUUUGUAUCACUGUGCUGUCGUUAAAUUACAUCCAGUGACGUAAAGGUACACCUUGACUACCGUAAAUCCCAGAAAUACACGCGCACAUUCAAAAAGCUGAGCUUGACCAUUACAUAAAAAGACAUGAUCUAACUCAAUCCCUAGCGUUAAAUGUGUAACUUCACAACCUGGAUUAAACUAAACACGUUGAAUUACGCAAAAAUAACCAAACCGUCGCGGUGCGCAAAAGUGAUGCGCUUCUACUAUCUGAUUACGGUACGAAGAAGCCGCAGUUCUCCUUUCAUGUUUAUUUCUGCUCUGGAGCUUGGCCGUUCCGCUACGAAGACGCGUUUAAUCCCCUCUAAGAUAAUAAACAACGUCUGGUAAGGUACUGUUAACAAAUGGCAUGCAGACACGCGUAACGCGUCCUCGUGCUACAUCGCGGACUGUCGUAGGCAUAAUCAAAGGCUUGUGUUUGAUCGGAUUCAUUCAUUUGGUCCCACUUAAUCGGACAAGUGUUCCUUCAGUUUAUUAACUUCAGAGGAUCUGCUUCGAAGGCGCACGGUUAAAUCAGUGUUCAUGCCGGACUUUGAGCAUUUCAGAUUUUCCUACUCCAGAAUGAAUCCUGUUUUGGGAGAGAACUCGUAUCCGUUCCAGCAGAGCCAGGUGACGGGCUUCGCGGACUCCGCGUCUUCGGGCCACUGGACCGACCCAGCGGGCCUUUUUUUAAGCGAACAAACGAGUGGCAUCGGGCAAGACGGGUUGGACCUAGGCGCUUUACCUCCUCCAGGAGCACCGUAUCUACACCUGGGUAACUAUCUCCACCGGGUGUCUCCACCUCCUGCCGCCGCGGCCCUGCGUAACGACCUGGGCUCCAACAUCAGCGUCCUCAAAACUCUGAAUUUGCGCUUCCGCUGCUUUUUAGCCAAAGUGCACGAGCUGGAGCGCAGGAAUAAAGUACUGGAAAAGCAGCUGCAACAGGCUUUGGAUGACAGCGCGGAGUGCGUAGAAAAUAAAAAGCCUUUAACGCGGGACGUUGGAGUUCAAACCGGCUUCGUGGGAUUGAUUCCCGUCAGGACCGACUUGAUUCCGCUUCAGAACGCGAACGACACCGCGUAUCUGCCCGGGGCCUUGCUGUCACCGACCCUCAAUAACAGCAUCCUCCCUCACGGGUCCAAUAACGGCACAACCAUAGAAAACCUGCACCCAAACAAUCUGACAGACUCCAAUUCCAACCUCACCCCAACUUUCCCCAUCAGCCCGAUCGACCCUGCUCCAAAAACAUUCAGCAAUAUCAACGGGAAGUAUGUCAAUGCCGGGGUCGGCUGUGGCAGCAACCCUCCGCCCAGAUUUCACCCUGCCUCGGUGUGGUCGUAUAACCAGAGGUUCAGCACCGGGCGUGAGGCGCGGGUCUCGUCGUGGGUGCCACCGGACGGAGUGGGUGUUCAGAUCGACACCAUCACUCCGGAGAUCCGGGCCCUGUACAAUGUGCUCGCCAAGGUAAAACGGGAGAGAGACGAAUACAAACGGAGAUGGGAAGAGGAAUACACAAUGCGGGUGGAUCUACAGGAAAAAGUUGCAGAGCUUGAAGAGGACCUGCAGGAGAGUGAGGUCUGUCAGGAUGAACUUGCUCUGAGGGUUAAGCAGCUUAAAGCAGAGCUGGUUCUGUUUAAAGGCCUCAUGAGCAAUAAUCACUCCGACUUGGACAGUAAAAUUCAGGAGAAGGCCAUGAAAGUGGACAUGGACAUCUGUCGCAGGAUUGACAUCACAGCUCGUCUGUGUGAUGUAGCCCAACAGAGAAAUUGCGAAGACAUGAUUCAGAUCUUCCAGCAAGUAGCCACACCUCCGUCAACUUUGACCCGCCGUCCUCGAAAACCAGCAUCACAAACAAUGAGGGGCAAUGAGAGUGAUGAACCAGCAAGCAUCUCUGAAAGUGAGGAGAGCGGGAAUAAGGAGGUGGAGCUUUGCUCCUCAUCAGCCAAUCAGAUCAAUGAGGAGAUGCAGAGGAUGCUCAACCAAUUACGUGAGUGUGAGUUUGAGGACGACUGUGACAGUCUUGCGUGGGAAGAGACUGAGGAAACUCUGUUACUCUGGGAAGAUUUUCCAGGAUACACUUUCGGUGUUGAGAACCAAGGAGAACAGGAGGAGUCCAUAGAGAAAGUGAUAAAAGACACAGAGUCUCUUUUCAAAUCCCGUGAAAAGGAAUAUCAAGACACCAUUGACCAAAUUGAGUUGGAGCUGGCAACUGCUAAGUCGGAUAUGAACAGGCAUUUGCAUGAAUAUAUGGAGAUGUGCAGCAUGAAAAGAGGCCUGGAUGUUCAGAUGGAGACCUGCAGAAGAUUAAUCACUCAAAGUGGAGACAGAAAAUCCCCUCUUCCCGUUGCUGUGGAGGAGGGAGAGAAUGCAGAGAAGGAGAGGAAAAAAGCAACUGCGGCAAAUUCUGACAGCGCUGAACCGUAUUAUGACUUGCAGUCGAACUCUGCUGUCCCGGACCAAACAUGGAAAAAGGCUUAGGAGCAUUUAUUCCCCCCCAGCACCACAGAAAUAACUGCAAUUAUAAACGUAUGGCGGUUAUCAUUUCAUAACAGAGACUGCGAUGCUGCAGCAAGAAUCCACAGUGUAUGGGUUAUAGUUACCUUCUGAAAGGCAAGUAACUGUGUGUGGUUUCACUAGUGCCCUCUAUUGGAACACACCAUUAAUAGUCCAAACAGCAUGUAGCAUUAUAUUAAUUCUGGCCAAAACUAUGAGGCCGGAUGUGAUAUCACUCUUUCUUGAUUACAUAAAUUUUAUUUAUUUUUAUGCAGGGUCAUUCCUGAUAUGUAGUACCUUUCGAAUUUAUAAUUUAAGGAAGAUCAAUGAGGACUUUAAGAAAUAUGUUAAUCUUGUUAAAAAGGCACUUCAUUAUAAUAUGAAAGAAACUAGCAUUUGUUAGAUGAUUGGAAAACAAAACUUUUUGUUUGCAACAUUUUGAAUAGAGAAAGAAAAAAAAUUAAGGAAAUGCCUGAAACGUUUCUAAAUCGUAUCGUCAAACUUUUAUUAAAGUUAUAUAUGAAAAAUAUAGACAUUUUACUCAAAUAAAAUAAUUUAACAUUUGAAUUCAUAGGUAUGUUCUAUAUAUAGUAUAGCAAACACAAAGCACUUUUUACAAGUUGAUUUUUUUUUUUUUCUUCUUAAUAUUUUUGCCCCAAUUAACCACAGAGUUUUUUAAACUUGGAUACUUGAAUAAUAAGAGCUAUUAAGUUAUUAAUUUUUGAACAAGCACUCAGCAGUUUAUGCAUCAGCUCCCAGUGAUGCCAAUGAUAUGAUAAGUGAUAUUUAAAUAGGUCUGCAGUCAACGUUUUGCAGCUCUAAGUGUAGAUAAUUUUGGGACCAGUAUUUAGUGCUCAACACAAGUGCACACUAAAGUGAAACGUGUGGGCGUCUGCUUUCAUUUUCUUAUUUAUUCUGUCUUUUUUUUUUUGUGCUGCGGGUGAAGGCCAGAUGACUAAUCACUGGCCCUGUUAUUUGUGUUUCUUGGUUAAAGAUAAAUCUUUAAUGUUGUGUCAUUAUGCACUGUAUCCUGCCUUUGAUCGCUUAGCCUCAGUCAAGGUCUUUAGCCAUUUAGUUGCAUUAACAUUAGUCAAAUACAGAUACUCAACUGAGUUUCAAUAGAUUCGCUCUUUAAGGGCCAGGUUACAAAAACAGUUUACAAAGGUCUGUGCAUCUGAUUAAAAACAAAAAAAAAAACAACACAAAAAUGGCAAAUGACGUCAAUGUAAAUAAAAAGCCAAAACAGUUAGGCCAGAAAAGUCAAUAUGAGAGUCAUUAUGCACUUAUGCAUAAGUGAUGACUGAACAUGUUAAGUGCUGCUUAGGGCGAUGUAUUCCACAUUAUUCCUCAACUUCUCCUAAGCUAUUUAUCUAUUUUAAUUUGUUAAAUUAUUUAUUUGAAUAUAAAAGGGAUCUCGAUAUUUAUUUCACACUUUUAGCCAAAGGACUUCAAAACCUCGGCUGGUUUCAAUUUAAAUUAAAGGACUAAACAACUGAAUUUACUUAAAAAUGUAAUCUCAGCAAAUCACUUAUUAUUAUUCAUAAAUCUUUUCUCUGUCUUUUGUCUUGUGUUUUGUUUUUGUAUUUAUCAAGUUAUCAGCGCUUGAUAAUUACUGGCUCAACUAGCAUAUUUCGUAUUAUCAAGGUGCCCGGGAGAUUUUUUUUGGAGGUUUACUGUAUUUAUACUUGAAGGCACUUGCUGAGGCGUUUAAAUCGGCUUCGCAGACUUCAUAAUAAAGCUAAUAGUGUGCGUCUGCUUAACUCUCAUUAGCAGCAACAUGCAAUAGGUGUAGAUAUUUUCUUGUGGAUGUAAACCAUGGAAACAAUAAAGCUUCUUCUGUGAUUAUUCAGUCAUAGCCUACAGUAAAUUACCAUGCCAACUCAUGCAGCUGUGUAGCUAUGGUUAACAUGAAUGUAAGCAGGUCUGUUUGAACUGCAGUGUACAGAACAAAGCGAUACCCAUGCCAUUUAUUACAAUCUAAGGUCACGGGCUCAGGUCCUAAGUCUUAGUUUGUAAUAUGAUGUUAAAUGGUGUGGGUAAUAUAAAAAGGAACUGUAAUUUUAAUGAAUGUUUAAAAUGAAUGUUUAUCAGCGAGUUAGAAGUGGAAUGUGAAUUAGUGGGGUUUUAUUCCUCAAAACGCAGGAACAAACUUGUCGAUCAGAAUUUUGUGCCAGAACUCUCUGAUGCAAUUUUUAGAAAAGGGCUUCUAAACUCUGACGUUGGUUUAGGAAUGUUUUGUGCAAUAGACCGCUAUUUAUUACAAAUGCGAGAUUGUUCUGAUUCUAGAUAUCUAGAUCAGUGAAACUUGAAAAGAUGGUCUCAAACCAGACAAUAAAAAAAAAACCUGUGUACGGAUAUUAGGAUGGACAAGCUGAAAAUAAAUUAUUUUAGUGAAAA